CUCACACCUCCUCUUCCCCUUCCCUCUUUACCCUGAAGAGGACAUUUGCUAGCAAUUAGGGUCGGAGGGAGGGGACAGUACAUUUUUCAGCAAAGCUCCAAAGCCUCGCAGCCCUUUCCUCCCACUCCACACACCCUGCCGGGUUGGGGGCAGCAGCCACGGGAGGGGGACUUCAGCAGGAGACGGCUGGCAUAUAGAAGAGCUACUUGCCCUGUUUUGCAAUCUCAAGGAAGUUUGUCUGGGCAGUGGCCCAGGAGGAGCCAGAAAGAGAGAAAGGGGACUGUGGCAGGCAGGAUGCUCUCUGUGCGCUGAAGGCCAGUCUGGAGAAACAAGAAAGGGAGUCCAAGGGAUGCCUGUGAGGAGGAGAGAGAGCGCCGCCACCUUCAUGGGGCAUUAGAGGGGUGAGUAUCGGUCUCACAGCAGAAAGCCCCCCCCCCAGUGCAUUCAUGGCCAGAUGAAAAUGGCAAACAUUUAGCGGCACUCUAUGGAACUGUGGAGCCCAUUCCCCGGGCUUCUCUGUGGCGCUGGGGUGUUCCAGAGGGGAAAAGGAUGUCCACUUCAUGCUCCAGAGCUGUGAUGUUCCAUUCCCAAAGCCAUUUGGUGCAGCUGGAUGUGCUGGGAUGUGGUGCAACCCUCUGAGAUCCACCCUUUACGAUAAGAGACGUCUGGCAACAUUCGCCUCGCCUGCUGGCUCCAAACAGUCCUGCUCCUCCUGAGAGGGUCUAGCCUCAAUCGGCCACUUGCUUGUUUCACCAGAAGUGGCGUGGACAGCGCAGUGGGAUCCCUCGGCAAGAGGAUCAUGAAAGAGGAAGACCUCACUGGGGAAGAAGACGAGAUGCCAUCCUUCAGAUACAGGCCAAAUGGCCGGAUGAGGACCAACUGCAGCCAGUGUGAGAAGACUUUGACUCUCCAGACCUCCGUGAAAGUCCUGUAUGUCUUUGUGGCCUCGCUCAUCGUGGUGGUGGUGGUGCUGGCUGCUCUGGUCUUCAGAAAAGUGGACUCUAUAGCUGAUGACGUGAACUCAGUUCAGACAUACUAUGAGAAGAAAAUUGUGUCUGUCCAGGAGACCCUCCAGGACCUGGAUCAGAAAUCCGUGGGCAACUGCUCCUUCUGCCAUGAUGCCGGCCAGCUAGGACAGCAGAUCAGCAAAGUACAAGAGGAGCUGCAGGAGAUUCAGAAGAAACUCUUCGCUCAGGAGGUGUUACUUGACCAGGCUGGACAAACCCACCAGCAGCUCUCAUCCAGCAGCAACAAGAUCACUGACGAGGUGGACAAUUGCUUCUUUGCCAUUCAGCGAGUCAACCAGAGUUUAGGUCUCUUCCUGGCCCAGGUGAGGGGUUGGCAGUCUACCACCUCUGAGCUGGGCAGCUCGCUGAAAGAGCUAUCACAGGAGCGCUUUGACAUCGAAGCUGCUGUGCAGCAGAUGAACUUCACUGCUGGGCAGACCUUGGAUUGGGUCCAUGUCAUCCAAAGGAAGACAAACGAGGAGACCCUGACGCUGCAGAAGAUCGUGACAGACUGGCAGAACUACACCCGGCUCCUUGGCAGCUUGAGGACCACCUCCUCCAAAACAGGUGAACUGGUCAAGAGCAUCCAGACAAACUUGGGUAUGGCCUCACAGAGGAUCAGCCAAAACUCUGAGAGCAUGCAUGACCUCGCCCUCCAGGUGAUGAGCUUACAGUUGCAGCUGGACAACAUCUCCUCCUUCCUGGAUGACCAUGAGGAGAACAUGCAUGAUCUUCAGUACCACACCCGGUACACACAGAACCGGACAGAUGAGCGAUUUGAGACCUUGGAAGGUCGCAUGACCUCCCACGAGAUUGAGAUCAGCACCAUCUUCACCAACAUCAACGCCACCGACAGUCACGUCCACAGCAUGCUCAAGUACCUGGACGAUGUGCGGCUCUCUUGCACGCUGGGCUUCCACACGCAUGCCGAGGAACUUUACUACCUGAACAAGACCGUCAGCCUCAUGUUGAGCACCACGGACGUCCUACGGGAACGCUUCAGCUUCCUCAACGCCCGGCUGGACUUUGAUAUCCGCAACCUCUCCAUGGUCAUGGAAGAGAUGAAGACAGUUGACACCCACCAUGGGAAGAUCCUCCAGAACAUCACCAUCUUACGAGGCAUUCCUGGCUCCCCAGGCCCUAGAGGAUUCAGAGGAGACGUUGGCAUAAAAGGGCCGAAUGGCGGCAGAGGCCAGAAAGGCGACGCUGGAAGUAUGGGCCCUCCUGGGCUGAAGGGGUCCCAAGGCUCCGUGGGCAGCCCAGGUCCUCCAGGCGAGAGAGGCUCCACGGGCGCAAAAGGCCUCCCUGGAUUCAAGGGGACCAAGGGCAGCUUUGGACAAGGUGGUGCCAAAGGGCAGGCAGGCCCAAAGGGGGACGUAGGGCCUACAGGGCCUGAAGGGGCGCCGGGGCCAGUGGGCCCUCCUGGCCGCCAGGGGAGGCCAGGCAUCCCAGGGCAAAAUGGAGCACUAGGUCCUCCUGGGCAGGUUGGGCAAAAAGGGGACCCUGGGAUACGUGGUCAGCCGGGGUUACCAGGGCCCCCAGGGCCCCCGGGAAUGUGAGCUACUCCUUUGUCCCCCACAAAGGGGACAGUGGUGGAUGUGCCAGAUGUGAGUAGGUGGGCAGGGCCUCUUCUACUGCAGGCACCUGUCCCCUUCCCACCCCCCAGAAAGUGCUGAGAGUAGCAGUCCCCAGACCAGCUCCUGCCCUCAUUUAUUCUGCACUGUCGGGUCCCAUUUUUAGCAGCUUAGAGGAGUCCCCAAAUUUCCUGCAACGGGGAGACUUCAGAGGCAAAAGAGUUGCAGCUGCUGCCUCCCUUCACCCGCCUGGUAUCAAGCGCCUUCUUUGUCCUCUCACCCCUUCCCCCCAAGACAGUCAUCAAGGUUGAAAUCCAAAAUAAAUCACCAGCUCUGGCUGUCGCCCCUUCUGAAGACUCCUUUGGUGAACCUGCCAUUGUGCAGGGGAAUGUCACAAUGACAUUUUUUAGGGGAAAAUCUGACAUAUGUAGAUUUCAGUGUACGCAUAUAUGUGUGUCAAGGGUUGCCACCUUUUCCGCUGGCCCGGCUCCUUUGUCUUUAACAGCAGCCUGGCACACACAACGUCAGCUGGUGAAGCUCUCCCUGUCACUUGUUUCCAUGGCAAGAAAAAAGCUUCAGCUGCUACAUUUCUAGUUGCAGGUUGCUAUGGCAGGCAGAGAAUGGCUGGUGGCACAAACAUCCCUUAACAAUCACUGGGUGUGGCCGUGGAUCAGUGGCAAAGCACCUGCUUUGCAAUACAGAUGGUCCCACGUUCAAUCCUGUCAAUAUCUCCAGUGAGGGCUGGAAGAGGCUUUGGAGGAAGGGCAAAGCAUACGUUUAAUAAUAAGAACAUAAGAAGAGCCUGCUGGAUCAGGCCAGUGGCCCAUCUAAUCCGCAUCCUGUUCUCACAGUGGCCAACCAGGUGCCUGGGGGAAGCCCGCAAGCAGGACCCGAGUGCAAGAACACUCUCCCCUCCUGAGGCUUCCGGCAACUGGUUUUCAGAAGCAUGCUGCCUCUGACUAGGGUGGCAGAGCACAGCCAUCACGGCUAGUAGCCAUUGAUAGCCCUGUCCUCCAUGAAUUUGUCUAAUCUUCUUUUAAAGCCAUCCAAGCUGGUGGCCAUUACUGCAUCUUGUGGGAGCAAAUUCCACAGUUUAACUAUGCGCUGAGUAAAGAAGUACUUCCUUUUGUCUGUCCUGAAUCUUCCAACAUUCAGCUUCUUUGAAUGUCCACGAGUUCUAGUAUUAUGAGAGAGGGAGAAAAUCAUAGAAUCAUAGAAUCAUAGAGUUGGAAGGGGCCUUGUAGGCCAUCGAGUCCAACCCCCUGCUCACAGCAGGAAAUCCGCAGCUAAAGCAUCUCCCGCAGACUUUUCUCUGUCCACUUUCUCAAUGCCAUGCAUAAUUUUAUAUACUUCUAUCAUGUCUCCUCUGACCCGCCUUUUCUCUAAACUAAAAAGCCCCAAAUGCUGCAACCUUUCCUCAUAAGGGAGUCGCUCCAUCCUCUUCUGAACCUUUUCCAACUCUAUAAUAUCCUUUUUGAGAUGAGGCAACCAGAACUGUACACAGUAUUCCAAAUGCGGCCGCACCAUAGAUUUAUACAACAGCAUUAUGAUAUCGGCUGUUUUAUUUUCAAUACCUUUCCUAAUUAUCCCUAGCAUGGAAUUUGCCUUUUUCACAUCUGCCGCACGCUGGGUCAAUAUUUUCAUCAUGCUGUCCACUACAACCCCGAGGUCUCUCUCCUGGUCGGUCACCGCCAGUUCAGACCCCAUGAGCGUAUAUGUGAAAUUCAGAUUUUUUGCUCCAAUAUGCAUAAUUUUACACUUGUUUAUAUUGAAUUGCAUUUGCCAUUUUUCCGCCCAUUCACUCAGUUUGGAGAGGUCUUUUUGGAGCUCUUCGCAAUCCCUUUUUGUUUUAACAACCCUGAACAAUUUAGUGUCGUCAGCAAACUUGGCCACUUCACUGCUCACUCCUAAUUCUAGGUCAUUAAUGAACAAGUUGAAAAGUACAGGUCCCAAUACCGAUCCUUGAGGGACUCCACUUUCUACAGCCCUCCAUUGGGAGAACUGUCCGUUUAUUCCUACUCUCUGCUUUCUGCUUCUUAACCAAUCCCUUAUCCACAAGAGGACCUCUCCUCUUAUUCCAUGACUGCUAAGCUUCCUCAGAAGUCUUUGGUGAGGUACCUUGUCAAACGCUUUUUGAAAGUCUAAGUACACUAUGCCCACUGGAUCACCUCUAUCUAUAUGCUUGUUGACACUCUUGAAGAAUUCUAAUAGGUUACUGAGACAGGACUUUCCCUUGCAGAAGCCAUGAUGGCUCUGCUUCAACAAGGCUUGUUCUUCUAUGUGCUUAGUUAAUCUAGCUUUAAUAAUACUUUCUACCAGUUUUCCAGGGACAGAAGUUAAGCUAACUGGCCUGUAAUUUCCGGGAUCCCCCUUGGAUCCCUUUUUGAAGAUUGGCGUUACAUUUGCCACUUUCCAGUCCUCAGGCACGGAGGAGGACCCGAGGGACAAGUUACAUAUUUUAGUUAGCAGAUCAGCAAUUUCACAUUUGAGUUCUUUGAGAACUCUCGGGUGGAUGCCAUCUGGGCCCGGUGAUUUGUCAGUUUUUAUAUUGUCUAUUAAGCCUAGGACUUCCUGUCUCGUUACCACUAUUUGUCUCAGUUCCUCAGAAUCCCUUUCCUCUGCCCUAUAUCUUCCACUGUGAAGACAGAUGCAAAGAAUUCAUUUAGCUUCUCUGCAAAUAAGUAAAUAAAAUCCUGGAGAGCCUCUGCCAGUCAGGGCAGACAAUGCUGAGCUAGGUAGACUGACUCAGCGUAAGGCAGGUUCCUUCCUGUUCCCCAGCAUCUCAGUUAAAGGAUCUCAGGGAUAUGCCUGGAGUCUUGAAGGGCUGCUGCCAGCACCAGGAUAGAUGGACCAAUGGUCUGAUUCAGCACAGGAUGCUGCCUUAGACCAGGCAGGAAGAGGAUUUGUCUAUCUGGAACACUUGCCUCCUCUUACUGGCAGCAGUGUUCCAGGCUGUGAAGGCUGUUUCCCAGAACCUGCUGGAGAUCCUAACAGGGAUUGAGCCGGGGGCCUUUUGCAUGUAGAGCAGGUACUCUUGUCGCCACUGGGCAAUGAUGGGCCCUCCACAGGGCGGUUCCAGAUGUUUAGGAGAGGCGCCAGAGUUCUUUCGGCCCCUCUGGGCUUGAUCCACAGAAUAAAUGAAAGUGUACCAUCGCCCCUCUCCACACAGGGAGGAAAGCAGUGAAACUGCCAUUUCAGGGGCUGACCCCCAUGCCCACCCACCCCCAACUCCAGGAAGACCUGGGUGAGGAGGGUCAGCGGGCAACCAUACCAGCACUAGCCAAGAAGGGGCUUAGUGGGUUGGAGGACCCCUGCAGGGCCAGCAUGAGGCGUUUGGCCCCCCAAAAAGGAUGCACCCCCCCAUCAAAAAGGUGCCCUCACUGCAUCCUCUGUGGCCAUGCAAAGGAUUGUGGGGUGUGCCUUUUCACUUGAAAGUUUCUUCAUUGACACCCUCCAAAAUAUUGCUGUUCCCCUUGUCCUAAAGGUAGCACCUCCCCACCUGGGUCAGCUGUGUGUGUUGUGGCGGUCAGUUGCUGUGCUUCCUACUGUGUGUGUGCACGUGUGUGUGUGUGUGUGUGUUGUGUCUGUUUGCAUGCCCAUUGGUGUGCAUGCCUUAUGUUCAGUCCGUGGUGCAGCUGGUUUGCGUCAUAAGGGCUCCUGCAGGUGUGUAACCCUGGUAUCAAUGUAUAAAUAUAUUGGCAAUCACAUGUAUAAUUCCUAGAUCAAUAAAGACUUGAAUGUACAAGUGUGUGGGAAACCACCCGCCUUCCUUGGGGAAGGUGGGAGGGGAGGAGCAUCCCAAAACCAAGAGGAGGAAGAGUUGCAGAGCUCCCAGCUGAUAGUCUACAUUCAAAGAGUUAUUUUAAAGGCUUUAUGAUGAGUUUGAUCUAUGAAAAAAAUACACAUUUUGUAUUCAUAGGUAAAAGGUGUGACCUCCUUUAAAAAGGAAAAAAAUAAAGUCACCUGCUCCCACUGAGUUAUGUUUCACCAUUUUUAAAAUAAUCAGAUUUUUCUUUGGCAAGUUUUCUCCCUCACAACACGUUUGAGAACAUGCUUUUAUCCCUUAGGAGUACAAUUGAGGCCUCUUCAUCUGUUCUCGUUAAUUUCUCCAUUCCAUUCAGCUGCAAGGCACACACUACUGGGGCUUCCUCAAAAAGGCUCAGACAAUUCAAUAGGUGCAGAAUGCAGCAGUAAACACGCUGACAGGAGCCUACUUUUUUUAAAAAAAACCAACUGAUAUGAUCAGAUCCUGUAGCACUUUCUUGGGCUUGCAAUGAACUACUUAGGUACCUCCUGACAGGCUAAGAUCCUGAGCUGUGGUCUCACUCAGCAUCCACUCAUGAUUUGAGGGGUGUGGCAGGUGGGUAUGCAGGGAGGGCCUUUUCAGCGUUGACACCCAUGCCCUGGACUCUGCCAAGAAAUAGAAUGGCUCUCUUACUUGCUUUUGGAUGCCUGGUCAAAAUACUUGUUUUGGCUGCCUUGAACUGGGUUGCGAUUAAAGGUCUCUGGCUUGUUGGGUGUGUUUUUCUAUUGCGGUUAUUUUUAUUCUGCACUGCUGUUGACUGUUAUUCUUUUAUGUUUUAUUGAUCUUGCUUUGAUUUUCCACUUUGCUGGCUGCCAUGCCAUUUAUGCAUUUUGUUUUUUUUCCAAAUAAUUAUCAUCAUUGGCUGCCUUUCCUACUGAUGGAAAGGCAGGAUUAACAUACUGAAAGGCAGGAACAUCUCAGGCCUUGCCCUCUACAUAGAAUCAGAGUUGGAAGCAGCCCUUGUAAGGCCAUCUAGUCCAACCCCUUCGAUGCAGAACAUCCAGAGCUAGAGAAUCCCCAACAGGUAACUAUACCAGCCUCUGUUUGAAGACUCCCUAGUGGGAUAGAACCCACCACACUUCUAGGUGAUUGGUUCCACUGUCAAACUGGUAUUAACGGUCAAGAUAUUUCUCCUGUAAUGUUCAAUUGAAAUUUAUCCUCCUGUGACAUAAGCAUUUUGAACCUAGUUGUGUACUCCAGGGCAGCAUUGAACAUGUUUUUGUCUUCUUCUGUGUCUUCUAUGUUAGACUUCCUCUUGCUUGCUCUUUAUCCCAUUCAGCCUCCCUACUCACUCACCCCCAUUAUCCCCCAUUGAUGCUAGCGGUCCACACCAACUUCCAGUGGUGGCUGGCGGCUCCAUG